AUUUACAUUGGCAUCAACCUUUUUUUUUUUCUUCUUUUUUUUUUCCUCGGGAGGUUUGUUUUUUGCCUACCUCCUAUCCCGGCUCACACACGAUUCCCCGAAUUUCAGCCUUGCACCACAGGCACCUCGUUUCAACUCACUUCUGGCGCUUUGCACCGGAGUCAUGCGGUUUCCUUUGUCCACGCUCGCAGGAGAGUUGAAAGGAGGUUUAUCAGUAGGCAUUCACCUCGUGACGACUUCGGUUCCAAGAUGUGGACAAGGGAGGUUAUCUUUUAGCAACAGCAGCAAAUUCCCCCCUCUCUUUUACUCUCUCUUUACGUUAGGCGCCGGCUCUGGGUUUCCUUUCAUUCAGCAUGGCGUGUGGAUCGGAUAUUACUAUGGUAGAUGGGCUUGGAGAAUCUGGUCUCCUGCCCUUUGGGCAGCAAAUACCCCGCACCAGCGACCCAAGGAUGGAGUUUCUUGGUUCGACGUGUUCUUCAAUGUCUUUGCGAGGCAUUCCGAGGAUAUGAGGCAACGGGGUUCGAAAUUGUCACGAGAGACUGGAACAUUUACGAGCAAAGCGAUUGGUGAGUGGAGCGUGGAGAGAAAGCGUUGUAUUGUCCCUGGGAGCAUGGCAUGGAUUUACCCAAAAGAGAGAACACGUUACCCAAAAGCAAAAGAGAAGCGAGUGGAUUCAAGUCGAUCCGACAACAUUCUUCCCAAAGCGAAACCAAACGAGAAUGAAAAGAAAACCAGAAAGGAAAAAAAAAAAAAAAGACAGUGGACGUCGAGGAUCGUUGUUUUUGUUCGCGCGCGCGCAACACAUUUUAUGGGUCAUAAAAAGGGCGGAUUAAAAGGAGGAUGAGAAGACAGACGAAACGGGACAACGACAAGCCGCCUGGUAACGACGAUACGUUGAUCCCCAACAGGACAGGAUGUGUUGUACGACCAGGCCAGGCAAGACUGUCGUCACGGGAGGGAUGCGGGGAUGACUUGGGAGGCAAGGCUGCAUGGAAACUGUCUGGCACACGCACACAAACUUUACGAAUUCGCAUUCAUCGGGGUUACUGUUUGGCAUCAAAGACGGAAAGGACCUCAUCAUCACAUCCAUGGGUUGGAAUAGGGGAAACGACGUCCAAACGAG